GUCGCUUCACUCGACACCGGCUUGUUGCUGCGGCCGGAGCACCUGCAGGCACGGAGGGAGGUGAGGACAAGACAGAAAAACUAAAUCAAAAGCAAAGGGCGAAGAGGGGCUACUCCGAGCGGACAUUUGCGAACAGAAGGAUAAUAGAGAAGGAGAAGGGGCCCGGGCCGGCGGGAGGAGCGCACCAUGGCCUCGAAGGAGACCACGGCGACGGGCUUCGUCGGCGUCAGCAGGGAAAUCACAGAGAGCAUCAGGAAGGUCCUGGACAAGCAAGCCGUCAAGUUUGUGCGAACCAUCAAGCAGGACACCAGGAGCGGCAAGUUGGAGGACAGGAUUCUGGUCCUGGCAACAUGGAGACUGUAUCUCUUCGCUGUCAAAGUACCCACCAAGGUCGAGGUCACCUUCAACUUCUUGGAAAUCCGAGCGAUGAACACCUACCCAGAACACCAGGUUGUCAUCGACACAGACAAGACCACCUACUCGCUGAGACUGCAGACCCAGGACCAACUGGAUCACAUUGUCAGCCACAUCAACUUCGCACUCUCACGGGUCUUCAACAACUCCAUUUACGCCCCUCCCAUUUGUCGAGCCGAGGGAGACGUGACUGACGGAAGCCACAAGUUUUCACCGACGUCUGAAUCAUCGCUAGAGCCCCAGAAAACCUGUGGAGGUUUUUCUGAGACGUACGAAGCUCUUUGUGACUACAAUGGAAUAGGCUGCAAAGAAGAAGUGCAAUGGGAUGUCGACACCAUCUACCACUCUCAGGACAACAGGGAGUUCAACCUGCUGGAUUUCAGCCAUCUGGACAGCAGGGACUUGGCAGUGAUUGUGGCAUCCAUUGCAUACAACACCUGGUUCACCAAGCUGUACUGCAAAGACUUGCGCAUAGGGUCGGAGGUGGUGGACCAGGUUCUGCACACGGUGAGCAAGUCCAACAGUCUGGAGGAGCUCACUCUGGAGAACGCGGGACUCAAAUCGGAUUUUCCACAGAAGAUGGCGUCGGCUCUCUCAGAGAACCCGGCCUCUGUGAUUCACUCUCUCAACCUGGCUCAUAACACUCUGGACAACCAAGGAGUCUCCAACCUGAUUCAACAGGUGUGUCGCCUCAACAAAGGACUGCGCCUCCUCAACCUCUCCAAGACCACCCUGUCGUCCAAGGGUGUCGUUUCUCUGUCCCAGGCGUUGUGUUCAAGUGACGACUACUCCAAUUCUCUGCUGCACCUGGACCUGAGCAAGAACCCCGGGGUUCUGUCUGGAGACGACGCCACAAACCUGUACCUGUUCCUGGCCCAACCCAACUGCCUGGUCCACUUGGACCUGUCCGGGACGGACUGCACCGUGGACUCGUUGUUCGGAGCCUUGCUGCGGGGCUGCUGCGCUGACCUCUCCUACCUGAACCUGUCCAAGAACUCCUUCUCGCACAGGAAAGCGAGAGAUUCUCUGCCAACCUUCCGCCAGUUCUUCAGUUCAGCAUUCAGCCUGACCAUGGUCAGCCUGGCCUCUAUGAAAGUCCCUCCUGAUUCACUGAGGGCUCUGUUCCUGGGUCUGUCCAAUAACCCUCAUAUCUCUGAUUUACACCUGGACAUCAGCAGCUGUGAGUUGAGGUCGGCAGGUGCCGGUGUGAUUCAGGAGCUGUUUCCUCGAGUUUCAUGCGUGGGGACUUUAGACAUCUCUGAUAAUGGUUUGGAUGCAGACUUGCUGGCUGUCAUCCCAGCAUUCUCCAGGCACCCCUCGCUCAAAAACCUGAUGCUGGGGAAGAACUUCAACAUCAAGGGCAGGGUGCUGGACGACAUUCUGCAGAAACUAGUUCAUUUGGUGCAAGAGGAAGAGUGUGCCCUUCAGUCCCUCUCUCUGGCCGACUCGAGGCUUCGCCAGCGGGGCACGGUGCUGGUCAAUGCCCUGGGCUCCAACGCCUGCUUGCGGAAGGUGGACCUGAGCGGUAACCUCCUGGAGGACUCUGGCGCCAAGAUGCUCAGCAAAGCCCUGCAGAUCAACACAACACUCAGGAGUGUGACAUGGGAUCGCAACAACACCACAGUGACGGGCUUCCUAGACGUGGCGAGAGCGCUGGAGCACAACUUUACCCUGCAGUAUAUGCCCCUCCCCCUCAGUGAUGUCGCCCAGGCGUACCGCAGCGCCCCAGAGAGGACGGACCAAGCCCUGACCAAGAUCCAGCGUGCCCUGCUUAGGAACAACCAGACUCAGCGUUUCUCUCAGAAACAGGCUCUCAGGCUGCACCAAGGUCUCGUCACCAGCACUGCCGAACAGGUGAUGGAGCGUCUGUGUGUGCGGGUGCAGCAGCAGGUGUGUGUCCUGAAGGGCUGUGAGGAAGGAGAGGAGGUGCAGACUGCCAGACAAAUCCUGAAAGAAGCCCGAAACUCCAGAGCUCUGUACCCUUCUCUGUGUGAGUUGGCCCAUGUGUUGUCCGUGGACGGCCCCGUCAAGCAGCGCCUGGACUCUCUGGCCGGUGAACUGGCCAAAGCUGCCGACAAAGAACUGCAGGUGGUGGUGGACUCCAUGGUGUCUCUGUGCCGCGAGUUGUGUCCCAUGUCCUGCUCAGCAGCAGAGAGACUCAGUCCCCCUCUCUCAUCCAUCUCCGAGCAAGUUUCCAUCCCACGCUCCGCCAUCCGCAACGCGCUGAUGGAGAGAGCAGCCGAGGAUAUCAACAGAGCGCUGGAGGAGGUGAAGUUGUCUGUGGUCUCGUACCUGACCAACUCCAUAGUGGAUCAGAUUCUCCAAGAGCUGUACACCACCCAUAAAACACUGCUGCGGCAGGUGUCCCAGGCAAAGCGCUGGGACGACGUCGGGACAGGCAGACGCACGAUCAGACAGUCCAGACUUGUCGAGUCUCUGGAAUUCCCUGAUGAGGACCUCGGAGUCAACCUGGGAAUAGACACCAUGGCCAUAAAGAAGCGGAGCUCCAGAACCAGAAGAAUCCGUCCCGUCUCCACCAGACUGAGUUUAGGUGACGAACCGAGUUCCUCUCCUUCCCCUUCCGCUCCGCCCCACUCCGCCCCUCUCACCCACUCGGCAUCGUGGGAGUGUCUGUCCACCCUCCCCACCAACGGCUCUCCCUUACGUCACGUGACCCAUGUCAGGCCACGCCCACCCCGGAGACACCGAGCAGGACACCUGCCUCCCGAAUCUCACUGCUCAGAGAACGGAGGAGUCAAUAUGCUGGAGGACGGACUACCAGAUUUCUACAGCAAGAGAGUCCUUCCCGACAGUCAGUUGUCAUCCCUCCAUCAGGCUCAGUCGCUGCGGAGAAAGAAGAGACGCAGCGUGUUGUCCAUUUUCUCCGGCUUCCGCAAGAACCGCAACUCCACCAUCUCCAAUCAGGACUCGGACAGCGCCCCAGAGAACGUCUACUCAAUGAUUCAGCACCCUAAGGAUGCCGGGAGGCCAGAGAGCGCCGUCCCAGGAGCCAACGGGACCAUGGCCUCGCCUCGGCCGACGCCGGGCGUACCUGUGCUUGGAUUGAGGGCGGCCAGCCCCUCCUGCCUCAUCCAAAGACAGUCCACAGACCUGGUGAGCAUGGUGUACAGCUGCAUCGGGGCGGAAAUCGACGACUCGGACGGCAGCAGCACCUGUGACAUCAGAGCGACAGACCAAGACACUGACAGAUCGACCGACAGAUCGACCGACAGAUCGACCGCCAUCUCGGACGCCCCUGCAGACACUCGGACCAACGGCCACGUGGUGUCCUCCAUACAACAGACGGAGAGACAGACGGAGACGGGCAGGCAGGAGAGGAUCGUGCCCCUGACAGACUCCCGGACCAAGACGGACGAGGACGGACACUACGGGCCGAGGCCAGAGCCGCCGGCACAGAGCACCAAGCCCAGUCUGGCUGUCAUGAGGCAGAGGCACCUGCAGGAGAGUUUAGAAGAGGCAGGAAGGCUGGAAAGAGAAGAGGACCAGGGUGAAAGAAGCCGAGAAGAGAGGCAGAGAGCGAGAGGACUAGAGGGACAGCGUCCGCUUAUUCCUAAUAAAUCCAGUUUUGACCUCUCGAAAGACAAGACCUCUCUGGAAAACACCAAGGCCCUUCCCAAAACCUCGCCCGUCGGUGAAGGAGAAGAACCCGACUGUGACCAGAGGAGUUUGUCAAGUCAGGACGAGGGGAUCACCGGGAGAAAGAGCCCGCUGGCGUCCGCCAAGCCUGGGAUGGAGGCAACAGAUCCUGCCAUCAGUCAAGAUGAGGAAGAAGGGCGUAAUGGGUUCCCAGCAACAUCACAUCACACCAGGAAGUCCAACUCAUUUGACAUAGGCGUGGAACGGGACAGUCCCUACGAUCUGGAGAGGUCUUCCGAUCGCAGAUUCCCAGUGAAAAAGCCCUGUUUGCCCCAGUACAGAAACAGAUCUCUGGACUAUCCUGCCGAUCCCAGGUGUUAUGACAGUCCCCAGCUCGGUAACCGAGAUGUGUUAUGACACCACCGGUGGACCAGGAGAGGCCUGCUGGGAAGAGAAGACUGGAACACGGAGGACAGGAAAGAGACAAGCUUUUAAAACUGUGUCGACUCAACUGAUGCAGCUUUUUGUUUCUUCUUCUUCUUUUUAAUCCAUGUAAACAUUUGUUGCUGAAAAUGCAUGUACUGUAUGCUUUAUGUUUUAAACUGGUUGCACUUGCUCUUGUUUUUCUCAGGCACAACGGACGCUCUGACCUGCAGUAUAUGAAGUACUUUUCAUUCAAACACACAGUAUUUGUGUCUCUCCAGUAUGCUCAAUAAUUGUUGUUUUAUGCAUCUGUGAAAAAAGCAUUUAAUAUUGAUAAUGCUCUGUCCUCUCACCCCCUCCCUGUCCCCCUACUGACAAUCUGUGACUACUGAAAGUGAGAUUGUACUUUAUUUACUAAAAAAUGAAGGUGUAAAUACUGAAUAUAAGACUGCACUAGCCAUUGUGGUGAUUCUGCCAGUUAACAAUAAUGUUUUUAUUUGUGAUAACAUAUCAUUUGAUAAAUGUGUUUGUGGGUAUGCUUCUGCUGUGUGCUGACGUUGACGAUUGAGAACCGUGUUGUCUUGCUCUCCCAUCUCUUCUAGAGUAUUUAAGUCGGUGGAUCACCAACAGUUUUAAUCUGAUUUUGCAGGCGCGAAAAUUAGUAUAUUUUCUAAAAAAUGCUUCUAUGAAUCAGAAUAAAUAAAAUUGACUUUACACAAGGAA